UUCUAGUCGUUGGGCCACUGGCAUGAAAGAUUUGUAAACAGUCUGGGCUGUAGGAUAUUUACACCUGGUAAACGCAGACGUAAACAGCACAGACUGGACAUUUUACCUAUAACUUGUCAGUUUUAAUAUACGGAUAUGACUUUGUGAGAAAUCGGACAGUGUGAAUUCCUAGGUGUGAAUCGCUAUAUUACGGAUUGACAGACGAUUCGGUGCUAUGUUGAGCGCGCCAGGUCCCAGACCCCAUGUGCUCUUUGGGCAGGGUAAAAGUGCGAAUACUUUACUGACGGAAGAUGGGUGCCACUAUCCGGUUAUUUCGCCGGCCUAUACGGACAGGAUGCGGGCAGCAUCCGCCCCUUACGAAUACGGCAAGGGCGUGAGGGCCAUGCAUAAAACUACUCUUACGAUAGCAAAACCGCCCUGGGACUCCCGGGACGCAUAUAAGACGUCUAAUAAACAGUAUUUUGGUGGCAGUAAAUCACUUAAUCCAGUAAGACGUCCCCCACGAUGUCCCUCGAUGCACACAUCCCAAUGGGACAUCGGUCAGAACCAGCAGGAUAAAUAUUGGGACACCCACUACAAGGGUACAUUCCAUGAGAAAGAAAUUAUACCGGCUACAGCACGAGCUAAUCGACUACACAUGACGUCGCUAGUCAACAGGAUCGAUCAGACGGAGGGUGCAGAUAUGAAGCAGACUAUUAAAUCGGACAAAAAUCACCCAAACUACUGGUCGCAGUACGGACGGAUCCACAACAAACUCGGACACAUGUUAGGGACAGGUGUGUCACGGGAACCACCUGUACGGAAAAGUUACAAUGUGAUUACAGGUGAAGAGCUAGGACCAGCCUGGGAGGAUGUGAAUCGGCGAGUGUCGGGUAACCGAGUAUUGUACUCAAACCGGUGUGAAAGAGCACCAUUACUAUUAGGCUAACACAUUCUCAGAGCACCUGGUAGCCUGCCAUGGGGAAGAAUGAACUCUUAUCACAAAGUGAAGGAACGGUUCCAAAAUCAACAGAUUUGUAUACUGCAUGCCAAGAAAUAUUGAUCUUUUAAAAACCAAUGGACUACCACAGAAGGACGACUCUAGUGUAUCUCAAUGUCAAAUCAUGAUUCCUCAGUAAACAAAAUUGUCAAGUAUUUUAAUACUCCCAGUACCAUUCUAUAACAAAGUGGUAUGGCAAUUCAUAUAAACUAUCAACUAUAAUAUCCACCAGUCCAUAGUCAUGGGAGGACUUAAGGGGCAUUGUUAACUCAACAUUGAGGAUGUGUAAAGAAUUGUCCAUUUCCGAGUGUACAGGGCGGUGACAUGUAUAGGUGUAUAGGUCCCUGCUAAUGGACUAAUCAGGGAGGUGGCACAUGGAAGUGGAGUCAUCAGGCCUAGUUAGUUUCAUCAAGAUCCCCUAACUGAUAAAUUUUUUUUUUUUUUUUUUUUUUUUUAAUUUAAUAAUCCAUAAGUGCACAUACAGAAUUUAUAUAAGGAAAUAUUGUUUUCUCAUAAAGUAAUAUUUCCUAUAGGAAAUUCUAAGUUAAGGGAUUUCCUUAAGUUCAGGAUUUUUUAUAAAUUUUGAGCUAGGCCCUCUCACUCAACGGUUCAUGCUGACCAUUUAAAGGGAGACAAUUGAUAUUUGAAGUGAACAGUACAGACAAAGUUGAUUGACAACAAAAGCCUAUUCAGGGUUAGCAGGUUGUUUGCCUGAGAAGAUGGUUUGAUACUACAGGGAUCCCAGCAGACACUGCAUACAAUAUUAGUGUAAUUCUUAGUUUUCUAUUUCUUAAUUGUUAUAAGCACGUGUUUGAAUUCACAUCCCUGCUGACGUAUUUCAUUUCAUUACGCUUCAAUGCCAAAUAUGAUUUCCUCAUUGUUAAUCCAGCUUGUUAUUAUUAAAUAAUUGUAUGUAUGAUAUAUAUUACCUGAUAUUGUAUUCAUCAAAAACAUAUUUUUUAUAAUGUUGAUUUUUUUAGAAUUUAAGUUGUCUGCAUGGCAGAUUAAUUAUAUAAAAAUGUAAUUGUACAAUAAGACUCCAGUUUUAUGAGCAUUUCUAAAAUCAUAAUUCUGUUAAAGUUCACUAGCUCACUAAUUAGCAGGAUAUUGUCUGAGAUUGUUUAUUUAUUUUUGUAAGUAUAUGCAAGAAUUUUCAUUAUUACCAAUAACUUUAAAAGCAUAAUUUUCUAAGUAUAGAGUUUUCUUUAUAACCAAUUUAUUUAAGAAGUAUCAAGGCAUUCGUUUUUAGAAUAUAACAUUUGAUAAUCUAUAUUUGAAUCACAAUAAUCAUACUUAAAAGAGUUUAUCACUUUUCAAGUUCUUUGGAAAAGUGAGCUUUUAAAUCAUGUCUUUCCAAAUCAGUGAGCUUUCAAAAUUACCAGGUAAUAUCCUUUCGCUUGAAAAACUGGUAAGUCUUUAAAGCUCUGUGUAAUGAUGGUACAUGGGUUUUUAAAGUAAUGCUGUGUUAGCGAUUACCAUUCCAGCCCCCAUCAGCUGUCAAGCUAUCUUUAUACUAUACAUCUGACAAGUUAAACAAAGGGAAUUAACUCUAGAUAGAUCAGAAUGGCAAUUUCAUGUUAAGUUUUUUCCAGUCUCCCAUUGGGUCUUGCACUGUAGAUGUCAUACGACUUCAGUAUUACUACAUUUUAUCAUUAAAUUUAUCAGAUUUAUCCUCAUUUAUUAUCAAAAAUGUCAGAUUUAUGCAUUGUUUUGUGACCUGUGAUAACGUUUUGUGUGAAUUUUUAUUUAGUUUUUCUCUGUUACAUCUUUUUGUGUAAGAUGAUGGGCAGUCAUAUAUAAAUCAAUAUAGAAAAAAACACAUUUAAUUAUUUCAGAAUUGAAAAUUCUAAACCCCAGCUUUUAUUCAUCAAUGUAUGCUUUCAUACAUUUUUUUUUUAAUUUUCUGUAUAAGUAUUUAAAUAUUCAAAACUCAAGUGAAAAUCUGAACUUGUGUUAAAUUUUUGUUUGAAAAUGAGCAAAAUUAUUUCCUAACAAUUUUUCGUUUGAAAAUGAUUGAAAUAAUUUCCUGACAGAAAGAACAUUUAAAUCUAGUUGAUAAAGAAUUUCUUUUCGAACAUUUAAAAGACAGAAUGAUUUGAAGAUAUAUAUGGUUACCUGUAGUGCUAUUAAGCCAAAUACCUUUCCAUACAUCCUGUGUUACUUGUAAAUGCCUCAUUCCAUACUACAUUCCAUUAACAUAUUUUUCAUUAUACCCAGUGCAAUUUUAUAGUUAAAAGUAGAUAGGAGUUGUAUUUAUAAUUUAUUUACAAGAGUCACCUCUAUUUGUGAUAUAAGCGAUAUUCCAUUGUGUACACAAUAUAUGUAUUUUAUGUCAAUUUUUUGGAUAAGAAAGUAAAAGCAUUAGAAAAUAUAUAAUAACCAGCACUAUUUGAUUACUCAGACUUCAGUUUUAGACAAAUUUCUUCGUCUUAAAAAAAAAAUCUGAAAACCUGAAACUUUUUUUUUUUUUGGGUUGUUAUAAAAUACAUGUAAUAUUAAGAAAGAUAAUAAACUUUUUAAUGAAAAAUACAAACUUAUAUAAAAAGGUGAUAAGUUUACCAAUCGGUAUUUAAUAGAAAAAUACUCUUUCUACUGUGAAACUUGUCUAUAUGCCUCUCAUCCUGACACAAACAUGCUGGAUUAGACAGGAUGUCGGAGUACACAUGUGUUAUAAUCUGUCAAUGUUAAGAACAUAUGAUUCCUGCAGUGUUUGUGUGAUUCUAAGUGCUUGUGAGGUUGCUUUGUAUUGAGUUUUUGUGAAUAUGCUACGAAGUAUACGACAUCAAAAACCAUAUAUUUUUAUACAUUACCUAUUUUAUCAUUUAACAUACAUCUAGAAAUAAAGGCACAUUCAUACAUAAUUAGCAUCAGUAAAAUGCCAAGAAAUAUAAAUAAAAAAGACAAAAGACAAGAUGUCAGUCCUUGGCCAUAUUGCACACAGGGAUUUGGUACCACUUUCCAGCCAACCACCCAUAUACUUGUACCACAAUAUGUAUGUACCAUGAGAUGUAUCCCUUGUUUACAAAUAUCAUUUUACAUACACAUUUAUACAUAUAGCUGUGCUCCAUCAUCAGAGCCACUAUAAGGCAUUAAAGUUCUGUUUGUCUAAAAAGAUAAGAUUUUUUUUUUCUACAAUAUUAUUGUGCCUUGUUAUUAAUUUUCUUGUAUAUGAGGCGAACUACAAAUUUUUGUGUUGUAAAGUGUGAAGGGUUAUACGUAGUUGACUAGAAAAUGCUGUCAAGUUGAUAAAUUUGCUACCAUUUGGAAUAAAUACUGCCUUAAUCAUAAUGAAAAUAACCCUAUGUAAAAUAAAAUGCAUUAUGUUAAUAAAUUAAUGCAAAGAAUUAAGAACUGCUCUACCUAGUCAUUUGAUUAAUAAAAUUCAGGGGCAAAAGAUUUCAGGGUCCAACUGUCUGACCCACCAUACUGUCAAUAAAUCAGACAUUUAACAAAACCUCA